AUGUUCGCUAUAAGGCGAUUCCACAUGUUUAUCUAUGGACUACCCACGAUUGUGUUGACUGAUCAUCAGCCGCUUACAGCCUUAUUCAAUCGUACCAAUGUUUCCGCAAGAGUUCUGCGGUGGUCAUCAGAGAUACAGAGGUAUAGUUUGGUAAUAAAAUAUGUAAAAGGAAAAUCAAAUGUAGUAGCGGACGCGCUCAGCAGGGGAGCGGCAGUUUGGAGUGAUGAGGAACCCAUUCAGGAAAUAGGUGACGCGGUGGUUAACACCGUACAGGUAAUUCAGAGUAAGACAAAGUGGAUGAAGGAAUUGGAGGAAGACAGCGAAAUCGCCCCUAUCCUAGAAGCAGUAGCUCGGGGAGAUGAGAAAAGGGUCUUUCUGUUAACGGGACUGAGAAAUCCGGUGCGCGCUGCAGAUUCCGUGAUAGAGGAAGGUGAAUUAAAAAUGUUUCAGGAAGAUGGAACUUUGGUGUACGUGGCCCCAAAAAAUGCUCGCUAUGAGAUCUUUCACGAAGCGCAUGCAGGAACAUUUGCUGGGCAUUUCAGUGCUCAUAAACUGUUGAACAGACUCAAGAAAGAAGUAUUCUGGCCUACCAUGGUUCAGGAUAUCAACAAGUGGACAAGGGAGUGCCAGCGUUGCUUCGCGCAUAACGCAAGACCAAAGAUAGUACCUCCACUAAAGCCGUCCGCCACCACGAAGCCAUAUGAGAUAGUGGGUAUUGACGUGCUAGAGCUGGGAAACACGACAAGUGGCAACCGCUAUGCGAUUACGGUCAUUGACCACUUUUCCAANUAUAACACCGCAUCAGGCAACCGGUGA